GCUAAUUUAAAAAAUACUUGAAUAGGGUGAAUUAAUUACUAGUGAGUAGAGAUUAAUGUUUCUACUUAAUACGAAUCUGCUUUAUGUAAUCCUUCCUACUCUAUUGUGCCCACCCUAACUGACCUUACUGUAGCUUACAGUAUAUUACAGCGGGGGUGCCCAGUAUAAAAAAAAAGGCCGAACCUUGUACGCUUAUAUAGUGGGCAGGGGGCGGGCGUGACGUCAAAAUGGCGUCCCCCUCCCCUCCGGAAGAGCCGCCAACACCAAAGACCGGGUGACAUUGCCAGCAACCAGCCGAAAAACCUGUCUGGUGCAUUUUCUCUGGCUCUAACAGGAAGAAACAGCACACGCCACAGCAGCAAAGCCGUUGCCAAAGCGUGCAGAUCUACGGACAAUCCUGUUUUUUCCUUCUCUCGUUCAAACCACACAAGUCGUGAUCUGGGCCCUUCCCCUCAUCUGACAACUAAGACCGUCAUGCGAACAUAACCUCGACCUCACCAACAGUGUUGCUUGACUCCAACAGACGUCGACCUUCCUCUUCUACAUUAUACCCAUCAUCGCGAGCUCUCUCACACCAUGUCGAAUCACCACGAGCCUCUCCAGGCCCUCGAGCCUGUAGAGUGGGAUCAGGUCCCCAAAGGAGACGACCUCUGCCAAUUCCUACAAAGCGUAUUCGACCGCGCCCUUCUUGUUGUCGACUCAGUCCCUUCUUCAGCUUCCACAGCUCCAAGUGAGCCCGUGGGCCGUUUGCGAGCCAAGACGGAAUCUGCAGUCAACUCAACAGCCGGCCAACAAUUACAGACACUGGAGUCUUCCCAAAAAGCUAUAGAAGCUGCGCAGCGUCUCCAAAAAGACUGGAAGGAGGUCAAAAUCAAUCCCAGAGAUAAUCCCAGAUCUAUAAAUGUCUUCAAAUUGGCGGCAAAGGACGGAAAGGGCUCCUGGUUUGCGCGCCAGAGCGUCCACGAGGAGCUCUCCUUUGACGACUGGAAGCUUGGCUUGAAGAAGGAAUUUGCCGAGACCAUGAAGGUCCAGGGUGCUCCAGGUUCAGGAAGUAUUCGUGGAAUUGGAGCCGACAAAGUCGUCGAACACAUUGCUGUCGAUUCGGCGGGCGAACUCGACAUUUUUCAACUAUCCGCUCAAUUUCCAGGCCCGACAUCACCUCGAGAUUUUGUUACGCUGCUUUUAACAUCCGACUUGUCAUAUCGAUCUCCCGACACUGGUCAGCCACUGCGCCAGUAUAUUGUGGUUUCCAAACCGUGCCUUCAUGAAGCAUGCCCAACUCGACCGGGCAUCAUCCGUGGUCAAUACGAAUCGGUCGAGAUCAUUCGAGAAGUCCUAAUUGAUAGACAUACAUCCAAACGAUCUCAAUCGUCUACCGACUUAAGGCUGCCUGGGGAUAGACGGUCCUUGCAGUCAUCCGCCACACCUAACACGACAACAGACGAUACCCCAGCAAAACAGCAUACAUCAGUAGAAUGGCUCAUGGUUACGCGAAGCGAUCCAGGAGGCAGUGUACCUCGAUUUCUUAUUGAAAAGGGCACGCCCCCCGGUAUUGUUGGGGAUGCAGGCAAGUUUAUGAGCUGGGUGAUUGAUAAUGCAGCACGGGGCUUUGCAGACCCUGAGCCAGUAGCUGCAGAUGCUCCUAAAGAUGCACAAGACCAGAAUCCAGAGCAGGAAUCCACUGCUCAAGCAACACCAACCAUCCAUGUCGGAAAUAACACUGAGCAGACUGACUAUGCGCAAGAUGAACCCAUGCCUAACAGCAACGGCAUUUACGGCAUCUUAGCUGGCAUCUUCGGUGCCGCUUCGACUGUUGUUCCAACCUCUUUAAUCCAGACAUUCUCUGGAUCUCUGAGCAACGGUGGAAGCGACAUUGGUAGCUUAUCAUCAGCGGCAAUUCCAGAGGAAGGCGAGUCGUCCUUUAGCGAUGACUCCUCGGUACAAUCGUUUACGUCAGCCAUUGAAAAACGUCUUACUGCAGAAAAGGAACAAGUAGACACUCUACUUGGAGAGCAGUCCGAAGACUCGAGGUCGAUUUCCAGUCAGCCUAUGAACAAGGAGCUACGCAAGCUCCACGAGCGACGACAGAAGCUGGAGCGCAAGCUUAGCGAGAUGCAAACUAAGAGGCUCGGCGAAAAGGAAAAAGACGAAGCUUCCAUGAAUAAGAAGCGCGAAAAGCAUGAAAAGGAGGUUGCUAAGCAAGAGGAGAAGUAUAACAAGGAGCUCAGAAAGCUGGAGGAGAAGAAGGAACAAGAAGCCCGUCGAGCAGAGAGACGUCGAAGAAAAACGAUUGAGAAGGAGCAAAAGUCGAAUCUGGGCCUCGAGGUGGAUAGGCUUCGUGCUGAGCGAGACUUGGCUGUUAAGCAUGCACAGCUAUUACAGGACCAAGUACGCGAGCUGCAGAACCAGAACACUAUGCUAGUCGCAAAGCUGGGUAGGCUUGGUGUCAUAGAUGGAAGUGAACUGAGCAAGGCGGCAACAUCCUCAAUUUAAGAAGUCAUACUGCGUUAAUUGCAUACCAUUUGAUUUUAGGAAUAAACACGAUGCAUUGUUGGUCCUCUCUUGGGACGUAUAUUGUUAUACAGAGUGUCAUGAAAAGUUGAAAAUGUAUUCAUUGCUAAAAUUUAUAUAAAACUCCAGUUAUGCUGCUUUUUCCAAUGCAUCCACCAAUAGUCUGGAAACAUGAGACUCCUUUGUUUUAAGAACAUCAUGUGCCUUGGUCAUAGCCGACGAAAGGUCUUGGCUCGCCUGCUUUGCGUUGGUCAAUGCAACCGCCGCGCCGAUAAUAUAUGUACAGAUGGCAAACACAUCCGGGCUGGAUGCCCAUCCAAGCGGGCCGUCCUCCUUUUGGAACUGAUUAUACAGAGAAUCAAGACCCUGUGAAGCCCACUGAUUCAGCUGUUUCAAGGACUCGUCAUUUUCGGUCCAUGAAAGCUCUUCAAUGAGUUGUGCCCAGCGCCAGGUCUCUCUUACUUCAUCGAUGAAGAGAUUCUGCUCCUCAAUCACAAACAGCGCAUCGUCAAACUGGAGCGACUCUUCCAGACGAACAUUGGGCUGUUUCCAGCCGCUUUGCGUUACUUCGCCAAUGACACGAGCACAUGCGAUUUCCUUGAGCUUUGCCUCGGAAGGGAAGCUCUCUGCAAUCCAGCUGAGGAAGCGUGAGGCUGCCUCGAUAGGCACGAUAGAUGAGCCCAGAAUGUGCUUCACAGCAUCGGCGCCCAUGUCUCGAACCUCGUCGUCAUCGUCGUUCAAUACAUCAUAUAGAGCAAGGAGGAUAGGGAUUUGGUCGGCGGUCUUGCAGUCGUCGCCGAUAAUCAGGAAGAACGAUUGCAGAGAUUCGGCGGCUGCGAAGCGGG